AUGUUCUUGUAUUGUUGGCAGAUAUCACUUUAGAAGGCAGCGUGGUAUGGUGCACGCUGCCGGCCUUGUCAUGUCAUCCCUUGUGAUGUUAACGUAGGUGAUCACUGAUGAAGAAAGAAACUACGCAGGUCGUUGUACUUUCGGUAUCUUCACAAGAGGGGUCGUUUCCGGGUGUGAUGGACGGACAAGAAAAGAAUCAGAACUCGAGUUACAACCCCGGACACAGAAGCAAACACCAACAAAACAACAAACGCGCUUUGCAAAUUUCAUCCUACUGAUCACACUGUUGAUCUUGUCACCUGAACACAAUUACCCACAUCCAGUGACAAGAUGGACAUACAAUCUGACAACAUGCGCUCCCGGGAAGGUUUGGUCAAGGCUAUCAUUGUACACGAUGGCAGUGUCUCUGGCGACGGCGUCAAGGGCAAAGUUGAGAUCUCUGGAUUUGAAGACAUGGCCUCCUACAACUGGAUCAAGACAAGUGUGCCUACAGCAUCCUUGGGACACAAAUUGAGCCCGUACGGCACACCGCUCUCCACGUCGGGCUCUACAAGCCUUGUCGCACUUCCCGAAAAGCAACCCGGAAAACCUCUUCAGUGGUCUCCCCUAAUCUCAGGCCAGAUCAAACUCAGCUUAGGACCCAAGACAAGCUAUCGCGACUUUGAACACAGUCGUGGUCCCAAAUACGCAAUGGAAGACAGCGUGCGCUGCAUUACGACCGCCGACAGAGGUUUCAUAUCCUCGGAGGUUGACAUCUUUACGAGCGAGCAUACCCUGAAGAGACUCAUCAAGUUUGUACAGGGUGAUACAACCACCUUUCGAUUGCUGGUACAGAAAGUCAACGGCACUCUGUUUCUGGCCGAGAAAGACAAGGAGGCACAGACAGAUCUGGACCUUGGCCGCUCGUUCCAAAGCGCCUACAUGAAGUGGUCGAACGGUCUGACAGAAUCCGUAUCUCAUCAGCGGUUCGUGCGGUACGACUUCGAUGGCCUUCAAUGCUUGAUCCGCUUCGAGGCAGACGGUUGCCUGGCAGAGACUGAUCGCCUCAUGGCAGCCGCUCUCAUCAGCGAUCUGGUGCACGCCGAUUCAUCGUUGCAACUACCCCCGCCAGCCUUGCAGAUGAACCUCCACGCGUCCACAUUGGAUCUGGCCAAUGCCUUCUGCAGUGAGCUCUCAGAGCCACCAGCAGCUGUCUCGGGACGCGGGGUCGCCGGAGAAGCUCCUACCCCUGAAUACCACUGGUCUCAAGCCGAAGCCUUGGCCGAAGAAGCUGGUAGAAAGCAAAGAAUAGCCGACGAGGAAAGAGCCAUGGAAGAGGAAAGAGCCAUAAAGGCACGAUCCGUUACCAAUCUGCGCAACCCUCAGCGCCAGAACAGACGGCUCUAUCAACAGCCACCACCCAAACCACCUAUUCCUGCCAGCACAAAGCAGUCGGCAACCUCCCCGGUCGUUCAGCACAAUCUCUACCUCAAACAGUAUCCUCUGGCGCGCUUCCACAGCAUUACCGAAGCGGAACUCAGCGUCAUCCACGAACAUCUCAACAUGGCUGAAGGCGAGUUUCAGAGAGCUCUGUGGCUCUACUACAAUCCUCAGGGUCCUGCUACCGAACCUAGGUCAGAGAAUUCAGCCUCUCUACUCCAUCGCCUCAUGGCGGCUACGAAGACCAAACACAGACAAGCCAAGCGAUACCUUGUCCUCUGCAGCAAUGACUACGAUAAGGCCCUCCGUCUACAUGCCGCAAAGAAGGAAUACUUCAGAGAGAAGCGCUUGCGCAGAGACCCCAAGAAAGUUCCUGGAGACGAAGCCAGAUAUCUUCGUCUCUUCAAGCAAAAAGAGAAGGAACGCGAGGCCGAGGUUCGUCGUUCGCAAGUAGCCAGGCAGAAGGAAAAGGACAAGAUGGCUCCUCAUUCCGCUCUGUGCAUCCUCCACUGCGCUACUGAGAAGUCCUCCUCGACCGCUGUCAAGCUUUCCGACGACGAAUUCAUCCGCCUUUGGAUCACUCGUAUCCCCAGCGUCAUCACCGCAUACUAUGACACUAAAGCCACAGUCUCCUCGAUCACCUACACUGACACCCGCUCCCAAGUCCGCGAUUGGGAAAGCAACAACCAGGAUACACUCGCAAAGUUUUCCACUCUCCUGAAGGACAUCAAGCAGACCCUCGAAGAGAGCGAAAAGAGCAAGGUCAUUCUACACAUCGUUGAGAAGCACAAGAUGGAGGUUUGCGAGGCUGGCGAGGAAGAAAAGAACGUGCUGUCAGAGUACAUGACGAACACUUGGCUGAACCACGCCAGAGAUGAAGAGCCCGAAGAAGAUGCCCGCAACAUGCUCAAUGCAACCACGUUCAACAGUAUUGCCGACGAAGGAGAGGAAGAAGGCGAAGAAGAAGAGGAAGAGCAGGAACAGGAGUAUGUUUCGGACGAAAGCUCUGAUUGGUCACGCGAGUUCGAAGACAGUGACGACGACGAGGGUGAUGGCCUUGACAAGAAGAAGUGACGCUAAACUCUACACUUCCGUCUACCAAACGUCCUGCCUCUCGUUUCGAGAGACCAAGUACGUCAGCUUGAACAGAUUUUCUCGAGUUGGAGAGAAGGAGGCUGGUUGAAUUACACUCUGAUAGACCUAUAACGGUACUUUUCACAUAGAACUAAUGCACGAGUAUGAAACCC